UUUUGGCUGUUUGCGUGCUGGCUUCUAGUACGUGAGACGUCGUGACUGCGCGGUGGGGAGGGUUGCGGCGUGAGCCUGGCCAUGGACCUAGAGUCAGUGUACUCGUCGGAGGCAUCUGACAGCGAACUGGUGAGCCUGCUGAACAGCGUCAGCCUGUCGGGCCUGGGGCUGGGCGACCCGGCGCUGGCGGCGCGGCUGGCCGAGCGCGCCGAGCCGGCCGACGAGCUGGAGGCCGUGUACGCCCAGCAGAACGGCCUGACGCGGCUGCCGACGCCGCUGGCCACCUUCCCGGCACUGCGGCUGCUCGACCUCAGCCACAAUCGGCUGCAGUCGCUGGACGAGGCGGUGCUGGCACUGCCCGGCCUCACCAACCUCAUCCUCAAGCACAACCAGCUGGCCGACGACGCGCUGCCCAAGGACUUCGGCCUGCUGCGCCACUUGCGCGAGCUGAACCUCAGCGGCAACAGCUUUAGCCAGGUACCGCACCAGGUGCUGGAGCUGGCCAGUCUCACCGACCUGUACAUGGCUUCCAACCGGAUUCAGACCGUGCCGGAGGACCUGCACCGAUUGCAGAGGCUGCGCGUGCUGCAUCUUGGCGGCAACGAGCUGGAGUCGGUGCCAAAGACGCUGGGAAACCUCUACAGUCUGCAGGUGCUGGUGCUGUGUGACAAUCGUCUGACGGAGCUCUCUGAGGCCAUCUGCCGGCUGCCGCGGCUGCGCACGCUGCUACUACACGCUAAUCAGCUGUCCACGCUGCCCGCCUCCCUGGUCCGGCUGCGCGCGCUCAAACAGCUGAGCCUGCGCGACAACCCGCUGGUGCGCAACUUCGUCAGCAGCAUGGAGUACGAGCCGCCGUCGCUGGUGGAGCUGGCCGCCCGCUCGGUCAAGCUGCACGGCGUGCCGUACGGGCCGGCUGACCUACCGGCCGCGCUCAUCGAACACCUGGGCUCCGCCAAACGCUGCGUCAACAAACGCUGCAAAGGGGUGUUUUUCGACACGCGCGUGGAGGACGUGCAGUUCGUGGACUUCUGCGGCAUGUACCACAUCCCUCUGAUGCGCUACCUCUGCUCGUCCCACUGCGAGAGCCAGCAGGCGGCCGAGCGCAGCCUGCAGCCUGACGAGUCCGAUUCGGAGGAGGAGGUGGGCUGGCGGCGGCGCCGGCUGCGGCGCGUCCUGCUCGGCUAGCCGUGCUCUGAGAGCGUCCUGCUCGGCUGGCGGCUCUCUGAGAGCGUCCUGCUCGGCUGGCAGCCUUCUGAGAGCGUCUUGCUCGGCUGGCGGUGCUCUGAGAGCGUCUUGCUCGGCGGGCAGCCCUCUGAGAGCGUCCUGCUCGGCUGGCGACCCUCUGAGAUCGUCCUGCUCGGCUGGCGACCCUCUGAGAUCGUCCUGCUCGGCUGGCAGCCCUCUGAGAUCGUCCUGCUCGGCUGGCGACCCUCUGAGAUCGUCCUGCUCGGCUGGCAGCCCUCUGAGAUCGUCCUGCUCGGCGGGCAGCCCUCUGAGAGCGGUUUGCUCGGUUGGCGGCCCUCUGAGAGCCUGUGGUCAGUCGAGGACCACCGCAGCUCCGCUGGCGCCCCUCUGAGAACGGCUUGCCCGGCUGCUGGCCCUCUGAGAGCCUGCGUCAGUCGAGGACCGCCGCAGCUCAGCUGGCGCCCCUCUGAGAGCGGCUUGCCCGGCUGUUGGCCCCCUCUGAGAGCUGGCGUCAGUCAAGGACCUCG